AUGAGUCGCAAGGCCGAGUUGACAAUCACCGCUGCAACGGAUCUCUACGGCAAAAUUGCCCGUACUCACGAGAACCUGAUGAAGCUGGGCGCUGCCAAGAUCACGGUGGGCGCAGUGGAGGCGCGAUUGCAGUCCUUGGAAAGGUACUGGACGAAGUUCGACGCGCACAACGAUGAGCUCUUGAAUUAUCUCGACCAAGUGGCCGAUUCAGAGUACAUAAGACUCGACAUACCUGCUCUGGCUGAAGAGGCCUACCUCGCCAAUAAGGGUCUGCUGUUGGACCUCCUGCGUAACCUCAAGACGGAAGAGAAGGAAGCUGGCACGAGAGGGUCAGAGCCGUCCUCACAAGCACCCCGCACGACUCUUCCGAGGAUCCAGCUGCCUCAUUUCUCCGGGAAGUACGAGGAUUGGCCAGCCUUCCGUGAUCUCUUCCAAUCGCUAAUCGGAAGGGACACUCUCACGUCCUCAGUCGAGAAGCUCCACUACCUGAAGACAUGCCUGAAAGGAGAAGCAGAAUUAUUGAUUCGAAGCCUGCCCACGACAACCGAGAAUUUCGAACGCGCAUGGGAUGUUCUCGUUGCUUACUAUGAGAACAAGCGGCUCCUGGUGCGCAGUUACAUCUCCCAGUUUACGUCACUCCAGAAGCUGAAGAGCGAGUCCGUGGUGGAACUGCGCAAACUUUGCCACAGCGUGAAGAGCACGGUAGGAUCACUGGAGAGCAUUGGGCGCCCGAUCACGAAGGGUGAAGAUCUUUUCGUGCACCUCGUCGUUGACCUGCUUGAUCCUCGAUCUCGCCGCGAGUGGGAGAAUUUCAUUAGUGAUUCCAACGAUCCACCCUCGUACGACAAACUCCAGCUCUUCUUGGAUCGUCGGCUGCACACUUUAGAAUCGUUGCAGCCUGUCAAGGUCGAAGCCAUUUCUUCUAAACCGCAUCCAAGUCCGACACAGAAGACUCGCACUCUUCACACGCGUAAGCAGGACAGUAAGCGAGGUCGCUGCUCCCUAUGCGGUCAGGAUCACUAUAUUAUGUUCUGUGACCUUUACCAGAGCAAGACGGCGGAGGAAAGGAAGCGUCACGUCGAGGCGAACGACUUGUGCCUGAACUGCCUAGGAAGGCACAAGGUAAGCGAGUGUUCUUCUCAAAAGACUUGUUCGUCGUGUCGCGCGCGUCACCACACGACCCUCCACGAGGCAUGUCCGUCCGGCGAGAGCGCUAAGACGUCACACUUAGCGCAACACAAAGUCGAGGCGACGACGACAGUUCUCCUCGCUACCGCGCGCGUUCGCGUCCUGGACCGGUUCGGCCGCGCUCACACUGCACGCGCACUAGUUGACCAGGGCUCGGAGUCCUCGCUAGUUUCCGAAGCUUUGGCCCAACGUCUUCGCCUAGGUCGGUCUCCUACCUCCGUCGCCGUGUAUGGAAUCGGCGGCAAGCAGACGGGCCUCGCCCGCGGUCAAGUCACUCUUCAGAUCCGCUCCCUGCGCGACGGGCCUUUAAUAAGCGUGGCCGCCUUGGUUUUCCCCCGGCUCACACUUUAUGAAGGCGGAAUCAAGGCCAAUCGUCGGGCGUGGACGCACGUCCAUGGGCUGGAGCUCGCCGAUCCGGACUUCUUGGCGACGGAUCCCAUAGACAUCCUUCUAGGAGCAGACGUCUACGCCAUGAUCCUCCAGGCUGGACUUCGACGAGGGAAAUCACGGGAACCUGUGGCACAAAAGACGGCGCUGGGCUGGAUAUUGUCUGGGGCCGUCGGUACGACGUCCACAUCGCGCCAUGCGUCAGCACAUCACUGCCUGGUCGAGGAAGACCUAGGCGCUCUCGUACAAAGGUUCUGGCAGCAAGAAGAGCUACCCGACGCCGCGGUAGCUCUCUCACCCGCGGAUCAACAGUGCGAGAACUUCUUCCGCCAGACACAUUCGCGGUCCGCGGACGGUCGGUACGUCGUACGUCUGCCGGUCGUUGCCCCGCUGCCAGACUUCUCGGUGACGCGCUCCACGGCUUUACGAGUUCUCUUCAGCAUGGAGAGACGUUUCGCUCGGGAUCCUCCUUUUCGAGCCCUCUAUGCCGACUUCAUGCGGCAGUAUGAGGACCUGCGUCAUAUGUCUCGCGUGACUCCGGACGCUACGUCGCGCAGACCGGUGCAUUACUUGCCGCAUCACGGCGUGCUGCGGAAGAACAGUGUCACCACGAAGCUGCGCGUAGUUUUUAACGGCUCCACGCCAACUACUUCGAAAAGAACCCUCAACGAUCACUUGAUGGUGGGUCCGAACUUGUUGCCUCCGCUCGCCGACGUGCUACUCCGUUGGCGACGGCACCGCUUCGGUCUAGCCACCGACGUCGAAAAGAUGUUCCGACAGAUCUUGGUACACCCGGAUGACAGGGAUCUGCAAAGGAUCCUGUGGCGGGAUUCCCCGCAAGACAGCCCUGCCGAGUACCAGCUGAGCACAGUGACCUACGGCCUAGCGUGUGCUCCGUUUCUAGCGAUGCGCGCUCUCAGGCAAUUAGCUGAGGACGAGGGUAAGCAGUACCCUCUAGGAGCGGCCGUUCUCCUGCGAGAUGUCUACAUGGACGACAUCUUAACCGGAGCAGCGACGAUGGCGGAGACCCAGGAGAUGUGCAAACAGCUGUCCAGUAUCUGCAUGGCGGGCGGCUUCCCUCUCCGGAAGUGGUCAGCCAGCGACUCAGCGGUGAUCUGGGAUAUCCCGCCGGAGCACCAGUUGCAGCGCGAGACCCGUGACUGGCGACCACACGAGGCUCACUCCACCUUAGGACUGCAGUGGCACCCCGCCACGGACGAUUUCUCUUUCGCCACCCGGCACAUCGCACUGCCAUCCGUCACCAAGAGGUCUGUACUGUCUCUGGUGGCGCAGCUAUUCGACCCUCUCGGCUGGCUAGCACCGGUCGUGGUCCGCGCCAAGAUUGCCUUCCAAUCGACUUGGCUUCAAGGACUUGAGUGGGACGCUCCGCUCGACGACGCCUCCGCGUCAGCCUGGGUCACCUUUCACGCCCAGAUACCAGUACUCGAGCAAAUCCGAGUACCUCGCUGGAUUAAUCUGGGUCCUUCUUGCACCCGCGUCGAGGUCCAUGGCUUCUCCGACGCCUCAGAACGAGCAUAUUCCGCCGUCGUGUACCUAAAAACAUGGUCAAACGACUCGUGGAUUGUCCGCCUAAUCACCGCGAAAACAAAGGUCACACCGCUCAAACAGGUGUCCUUACCUCGUUUGGAGUUAAGCGCCGCCGUCCUUCUCUGCCGACUAGCCAAACACGCCUUGACAAUCCUCGACCUGACUGCGCCGCUUCACCUAUGGACGGACUCCACCGUCGCGCUGGGCUGGAUCCGCGGCCACCCAUCCAGGUGGCAAACCUACGUCGCGAACCGCGUCUCAGAGAUUCAGAGGACCACUCCGCAGGCUGCGUGGCAUCACGUUCCAGGCCAGGACAACCCAGCGGACUGCGCUUCCCGAGGUCUCUCUCCCAAGGAACUGCAGAGCCAUCCUCUGUGGUGGCAAGGUCCGCCUUGGCUACGCUUAGACGCCACCGCAUGGCCGACCGCCGUCGGCCACAUCACCGAAGAGCACCUGCCGGAGAAGCGCACACGAGUCCAUGUCAAAGCCACAGCAGCGCCGAUGAGCGAGGCCGCCGAGCUGGUGCGGUUCUCCUCCCUGAAGAGGCUCCUACGCGUGACAGCCUGGUGUCGGCGGUGGCUGAGAGUAAGAGAGGAUCGGUCCACUGGCACUCAACAGCGCUUCCCCAGUACUUUGUCCGCAGAGGAGAUAGAGAGAGCUCGAGUUUGUUGGAUCCGGCGAGUACAAUCUGAAAAAUUCAGGGCCGAGUUAAAAUUAAUAAGUCAGGGCCUUGCCUUAAGUAAAUCAAACUCACUUGCUCGCUUUAGUCCCUUUUUAGGUACCGAGGGUCUCCUGCGAGUCGGGGGUCGACUCAAGCACUCCAUCCUAGCCUAUGACGAGCGUCACCCCGUCCUCCUGCCGAAGGGCUCGCACCUCACUCGGCUAAUUGUGGACGACUGCCAUAAACGAGCGUUGCACGGCGGAACACAGCUCACUCUCUCAUUAAUCCGCCAACAUUAUUGGAUUCCACGGGGUCGAGCACUGGUCAAGGAGGCUAUCCUGCGAUGUCUCCCUUGCGUGCGAUGGCGGGCGGCGACACCACAACAGCUGAUGAGCGAUCUUCCACGGGAGCGCGUGGUACCAGCGAGGCCCUUCCUUCACACUGGGGUCGAUUAUGCCGGGCCGAUUCAACUUCGCACAACCAAGGGGCGCGGACACCGCUCCUACAAGGCCUUCGUAGCGGUCUUCGUCUGCCUUGCUUCCAGAGCCGUACACCUCGAAGUAGUCUCCGACUACACGGCCGAGGCCUUCCUUGCGGCCCUCAGGCGGUUCGUCUCUCGCCGAGGCAUCUGUCGCAGCCUUCGAAGCGACUGCGGGACAACCUUCGUGGGAGCCGAUUCCCAGCUGACAGCCCUCUUCACCGCGGGCACGCCAGAAAACCACCGGAUCAUCGACAGCCUCGCCUCCGAGAGGAUCGAGUGGAGGUUCAAUCCUCCCUCAGCGCCGCACUUCGGAGGCAUUUGGGAAGCCGCAGUCAAGUCGCUCAAACACCAUCUCCGACGAGUGAUUGGCGACGCCAAGCUGACGUUCGAGGAGAUGAGUACCUUCCUCACUCAGGUAGAAGCGUGCCUUAAUUCGCGGCCGCUGCAGGCACUCUCGGACGACCCUGAGGACUUGGCUGCGCUGACGCCUGGACACUUCCUGGUGGGAGCCGCCCUGACUGCAGUGCCCGAGCCGUCCUUGCUGGAUGAACCAACGUCCCGCUUAUCUCGCUGGCAGCUCCUGCAAAAAAUGAGAGACCAUUUUUGGGAACGCUGGUCGAAGGAGUACCUCCACUCCAUUACUCACCGUCCUAAGUGGUUGCGCGAAGAGACGGGCUUCAAGGUCGGCCGACUUUGCCUCAUCCGGAACGAACUCACACCACCCACGAAAUGGCCACUCGCGCGUAUCGCGAAAAUCCACCCCGGAGAGGAUGGUCAAGUUCGCGUAGUGACAUUGCGCACCGCAGCCUCCGAGUUGGUACGACCCGUCGUGAAGCUCGUCGUGCUCCCCAUCAACGGUCAUGGAGAUCACGAGCCUCCAUCGCAGUAG